UAAAGAUCCAAUUCGAAAUCUCAUGGAAUGGGCCAGCGGCGACGAGCAGGUGGCGUCCGACCUGUCGCUACCGCCGCCACAGAGAUGCGAACUGCUCUCCGGCAUCCAGACGUACUUCGUGCAGAUGCUGCUCUUCGUUAUCGCGCUGACGUCUCUGUGGUACAAGCGGCAUGUCGAGCGACCCAAGCGAUCCGUGGAAAUCUGGAUGAUGGAUGUCGGCAAGCAAGGUUUGGGGGCGGUGGUGGGUCACUUCACCAACAUCCUCAUUGCCAUCUCCCUUCCCCACGUCACAGACCAGUGCGUAUGGUACUUUCUAAACUUCUUCAUCGACUUUACACUGGGCAUGGUCAUUUCGUUGUCGCUGUUGCGUCUCCAGCAAGAAAUCGCGCUGCGGACAAACUGCCCGGCGCUGUAUGAGAGCGGCGACUACGGCAGCCCGCCGUCCUACCGGAUAUGGGGUGUGCAGCUCACAGCUUGGCUCAGCAUCAUCAUCUUCUCCAAAGGCAUCGUCACGUCCGUGCUGAUUUCGUCGUCGGCGACGUUGAGUUCCAUCGGCAACACCCUCUUUAGCCCACUGGCCGCGCAUCCCCUCUCGGAGCUCGUGAUUGUGAUGAUCGUCAUCCCUAGCUUCCUCAACGUAGUUCAGUUCUGGAUCCAAGACAGCUUCCUGAAGCGAGACGUCGGCGGUCUGCUGGCCUACUACGCCCGGACGACCAACCCAGCCAAGCUCCACACGUCCAUUAACAUGGACCCGUCGCUGCAUGUUGGCUUACUCGACUAAUGUUGGCUUACUCGACUAACUUACAGCGUGAUUGUACUCCUAUUGUGUUAAAAGUGCAUUGCAACUAC